AUGAUAGCACAUAUACGCUCCGCUCACUCGAAAGAACUCAGCGAUAAGAUAAUGUCGCGAGCUUCGCGUAAAAGCUCAUCAAGUAAACCGGCGUCGUCGUAUUCAGCUGCAAAUGAUGCUUUCAUUUUGUCUAUCUGCACGUCCAAUGUGUCUUUCCGAUUUGUGAAAAAUGAAUUCUUCAAAAAAUUCGUUCGCAUUUUGGAUCCCAAUUAUAAGCUAAUCUCUCCUGAUGCUAUUCGUAGGAAACUGAUCGAAAAUGUGGGCGAUUACAAAAGAAAAAUCAAAGUAGAGCUUCGCGAUAUGAUUAAAUGUUUCAUUUCGCUCGAUGGUUGGGACGGCAAAAACGAAAAUAGCUCGAUUUAUGCCGUCUAUUUAUAUUUCUUAGAUUCAAAUUUUGAAAGGAAAAAGAUUCUUCUUGGUUUGCGGCAACUGGAGAAAAAAGGCACAGCCAACAAUAUUGGCGACCUUACGCUGGAAAUGUUGAAAGAAUACGAUGUUGAUAUUUCAAAAGUUAUUGGAGGUCUGACUGAUGCCGGUUCAAAUAUCAAGAGUUUUUUAGAAAAAAAUGAUUUAUUCCAUGUGCACUGUCUCGCGCAUUCUCUUGCAUUGAUUCUGAAAAAUGCCUCAGAGAUGCCAUCAAUUGCAAGAGUUCUUACGAAAGUUAAUCGACUCGCCUCGCAUCUUUCUCGUUCAAAAUCGGGCAGGACAACUUUCAGAGAAAGAUCCAUAGCAUUGAAACUCGAAGGUCGCAUUCCACUUCCAUUUUGUGUAACUCGAUGGGGUGGAUGUUGUCUGUUGGCAAAGUCUUACCUCGCACAUUAUCAAAGUAUCAGUUCAUUGUCGAAUUUCCAAUGUUAUUUGCUCGAUGCGUCGGAAAAAAAAACUCUUGAGAACUUUGUGGAAUACACUAAUCCAUAUAUUGAAUCGAUUGCACAGGCCGAAACUGAUUCUUCAUUCGCGUCAUCUUUGUUGGUUCAAUACGCUAGUCUUCACCAUUUCAUUUCUGCGCAAGACCAGCGAAACCAUCUCGUCCAUUGUCUUUCGAUUGAAACUCUGGAAAGAUACACAAAAUAUCUGGAAAACGACGUAUGUUUAUUCGCCACGUAUGCAGAUCCGAGAUAUGCUUAUAUGACUAAUGUUUUGAAUACAUUGAAAUGGGAAGCUGUUGAAGAAAUGGUCGAGCUGUAUUGUGAAAGCUUCAGAGCGCCGUCUUGCCAGCCAGCUACUACACCUCCACCACCAAAAAAAAUGAAACUUGCAGAAUCGAAUUUCCUUAGAUUUGUCGAGGCACAGACAGAAUCAGUGAAUUCCGGUUCAACUAAGAAAGAAAUUGUCGAGUAUGAGUCAUUAAUUCAAUCGGCUCGUCCACCAAUCCAAUCUUGCCCGCUCAACUUCUGGCUCACCCAUUCCACACGUUUCCCCAAGUUGAGCAUUCUAGCGUCUCAUUUUCUAUCGAUUCCUCUUUCUUCGGCGCAAGUGGAAAGGUUGUUUAGUCGGUGUGGAGAACUGAUGUCAUCGAGUCGCCGUAAUCGUUUGAAAUCGAUUACUGUAAAUGAUAUGCUGCUGAAUGCAGCUCUUGGACAAAUGAGCCUCCAAGAGAAAAAAGAAGAUGAAGAUUCUAGUGUCAGUGAGAGUGGCGAUGAUUCAGAAGAGGAGUCUGAUUCUUCGGCGGAUGAUUCCAAUGGACAAACCGCACCGCCAUCUGAUUCCAAUGGACAAGCCGGCAGCACUGUCACAAUUAUUGACGCCACCAAUUAA